AUGGAAAAAACCGCUAAUUCUCCCAAAAAAUCUGACGACGAGUACGAUUAUCCCGAAGAUUUACCGCAGCUACACGUGAACCGGCUGAAGGCAGCAGCAGCAAAAUGUCACGAAGGAACAGUCAGCAGUUUGCUCUCAUCCCUCUUUGGCCAGUCGUUUGAAGAACUCCAUUUCUUACCUAUUAAAACGCUACGUAUGGUCUACUCCCACCCAAUGGAUGACGGUCAAUUACGAAGCUUUAAAGUCAAGUUCGAGGGCGAAGGAGUGGAUGACUAUGGUGGUCCAUAUCGAGAGUUCUUUUCGCAAUUCUUCGCCGAGUUACAGAUGCUUAACGUACCCGAAAGCGAAGAUAAUGGGUCCACAAGUUCGGAGCAUUCUGCGAAUGGAGGACCCAGUAGUACGUCGUUGAAAGUAGACCCCAAUGUAUCCGUAUCAGCGUGUGUCUUGCCCUUCCUUCUGCCUAGUCCGAAUUGGCGGAAUGGCGUCGGAGCCAACCGUGAGAAAUUCGUACUUAAUGGAGCUCUUAUCGAGCAGAAACGACAACUUUAUUGUGAAAUGUUUUUCUUUAUCGGUCAGAUGAUCGGUAUUUGUCUACGCACGCGUGUGUGCGUUCGUCUCGAUCUGGCAAUGUCAGUGUGGAAACAACUAGUGGUUGAAGACGACUUGAACCCGGAGAGUGCGCUAGCAACGCUCAAAGAGAUCGAUUUCGUCGCGUAUUCAUUAUGGAAGACGUUGAAAGGUAUUUUAGACGAGUUUAAACGUCCAAAUUCAAAGCAGGAAGGGCUAGAAGAACGACUAGAAGCGAUGGAUUUGGUCUUUACGACUGUAUUAUCCGAUGGACGUUCAGUUGAUCUCUGUGAAGAUGGCUCCAAUACUGCGGUGACUUUGAAUAAUCUGCAAGAAUAUAUAGAUUCUAUGCUUCGAGCACGGAUCCAAGAAACGCAAGAGGUGAUGAAUAUACUUGAGAAACGCAUGUGUGGCGUUGCGGAAGUGGACGUGAAGCUAUUGCAGAUUAAUACCGAGUACGACGAAGAUUUGUCGAUGAACGACGAGUUUAUUCAGAGAUUUUGGCGCGUGCUGGAAAGUCUCGAAGCGGAGGAUAAACGAGCCUUUCUGCGGUUUGUGUGGGCCCGGUCUCGUUUGCCUUUGGGCUCAGCACAGUUCCACCAGAAAUUUAAGAUCCAAGCGCUUGCGUCUUCGGGUAAUGGAGACGCGAACGGCUCAUCGUCAGGACCCCCUGGAGGCUGGAUGGACUCGCAGAUGCCGAAGUCGCAUACGUGUUUCUUCGCACUCCAACUCCCACGAUAUUCCAGCGACGAAAUCUGCCGCGAACGACUUUUGUAUGCUGUGCGCAAUUGCGUCGAAAUGGAUGGAGACUUCCGUCUUGCUGACACGGAAAUGACAGGCUGGACGGGUAUCAGUCCGACAGAUCAGCUUCGAAUUUGA